UAAGUUCAAGUUUCACCAUGUAAUAGUCCAACAAAACUACACAGUCGCUUCUAUGAGGCUUGCAAUUGCAGUGCUUUCCAUUUUGUGUUUCAUCUCCACAGCAUUUGGUAAAUGUGGAGUGAACGAGCUUGUGAUCGGGACAGUGAGGAGCGGGAGGCAGAUAGGAGGGAAGCCGGAGUGGAACGUGCAAGUUGUCAACAACUGUAACUGCUCACAGUCGAACAUCGUACUAACUUGCAGUGGCUUUCAGACAGUUAAGCCUGUUGAUCCCUCGAUUUUCCAGAGGAAUGGCGACCACUGCUCCGUGAAUGGAGGCCGCCCUCUUCUUCCGCGGGCUGAUGUCAAAUUCUCCUAUGCUUGGGAUCCACCCUUCUUCCUCUUCCCCUUCUCCACCAAGCCUCUUUGUUGA